ACCCCGGUGUUUGUACAACAUAGAUGGCAAUGCACACUCUAGUCAAGUGAUAGCUUGCACGACCACUGGUGACAUUGGCAAUGUAGACUGACAGGUCAACAGUUUUAUAUUGCACGAUGGGGUGGGAGGUGCUGCUGUUUGUACCUAAUGUUAUAGGCUACAUCAGAAUAGUGUUGGCCAGUGUUGCGAUUGUAUUCUUCUACCAUCCUGUCCCUUGCACCAUCCUUUAUGGAAUUUCAAUACUUUUAGAUGGCAUAGAUGGGUAUGCAGCAAGAAAACUGAACCAGACGUCAGCCUUUGGAGCAUGGUUUGACAUUGUGAUUGACAACUUCAGCCGAGGCCUGCUGUGGUGCUCGUUGUACAAGUGGGGCUACCUGGUGGUGUUUGUAGAAUGGGUGACAUUCAUGAGCACACACAGCAGGGGCUCCAACUGGAAGAUGCCAGAGGAGCAUUUCCCUACCCUUGUCCAGCUGGUCAUGGCUAAUGGCUUCAAAAGCCCCCUAGGAUGCUAUGCAGUAGGGAGCCUGCACAUUCUACCCCUGUGGAUGUACAUGUAUGAGAUGAGGGUGCUGACUCUCACACUGGGGGCUCCAGACAUCUUCAUGUACAUAGGCAUCGCAGUCUUUACCAUAGGACGAACUAUCUGCUUAAGUGUAGAGGUGUUCUACGUGUAUCACUACAUCAAGCACCUGGUCGACUGCCAUGAGAAGUAGCCACAGAGCAGCAUUUAGCAACAUCAAUUUCCAUGGCAACAAGAAGAACCUUGUAAGGUUGCAGUGAAAUAUAAGCAGGGGUCACUAAGUCACCUUUGAAACAAGACAAUAUUACACAUCUGUUUUAUAAUAAGUUGAGCUUAUAUCAUAACAGGCACACAGCCUUGCUUAUUUCACUUUAUCACACUGUUGGCAUUCCAGAUGUGCUAUCAUGCAUAGUAUUUAUUCCAUUUUGAGAAAUCUAAAUAUCAAAAAGGCUUUUUGUGAUACAUUUUUUCCAAUUUAUAUGAACGUGUUCAGAACCAUUUCUUUAAUUAUGCAGAUUCUGAGGGCCAACUAGUCCCUUUAUCAUACCUUAUAGAAGUUUCAUGCAACAUAUAAAAGGUAUGUUUGAAAUGUGUAUUGCACUGAACAAGUUAAGAAAACAUACAUGGUGCAAACCUCCAGGCACCGUUGAGGGAAGUGAGAACAUAAUUACUGCAUCAGACAGAACUAGUAGCAGUCUGACUCUCAGACUAUUUCAACACUAUUAAUACUCAAGACUAUUAGAUGUUGAUCACUUGGUGGAGUCAAGAAAUGUAGCAAGUGUUCAAGACAUCUGUUGGAGCAUAGUGUAAUUUAGUGAUGACUAGAGGCUAAUUAAUAUCUGUGAUAUGAUCUCAAUAGGUAGAGAUUGAAGGUGAGUGUUAAUUAAUGGACACUACACAUCUGCCUUUCUUGUAGUGUUUGUCAUGACAACGUUACUUCCAUAUAACAUACAUACAUUAUGUCGAUCCUCUUCUCUUAAGUUUUAAAAAGGAGUGGUUUAAUGUUGUAUGUUUGACAUUUGUGGGUGUGAUAUUUUGGAUAAAUGAGGAAAACAGGAUGUAUUGUUUAAAAAUGAAAUACUAGUAUUUAUAUCAUGUGACAUUGUUAAUAUAUUUUUUUUAGGUUUACUACAUAUGCCUUUUUUGGGUGUGAAGUCAUUCCCUUUGAUAAGAGAAUACAGCACCUUUCAGGACAUGUGAUGACUUUCAUGCAUGAUACAUUCUUACACUUGUUGACAUAUCCCAACAAAGUGUAUUUUACAGCUGUCAAUUUCAGAUUUAAGGAUCUGAGAAAUGAACUUUUUAUGACAAGUUAAUUUUAAACUAUCUCAAGGACCCACACCUACCUGCUCCCAUCCCUAUGUUGAGCUGCAUACUUGCUCCCAUCCCUAAGUAGAGCUGCAUACUUUCUCCCAUCCCUAAGUUAAGCUGCAUACUUUCUCCUAUCCCUAAGUUAAGCUGCAUACUUUCUCCCAUCCCUAAGUAGAGCUGCAUACUUGCUCCCAUCCCUAAGUAGAGCUGCAUACUUUCUCCCAUCCCUAAGUUGAGCUGCAUACCUGCUCCCAUCCCUAAGUAGAGCUGCAUACUUUCUCCCAUCCCUAAGUUGAGCUGCAUACUUUCUCCCAUCCCUAAGUUGAGCUGCAUACUUUCUCCCAUCCCUAAGUUGAGCUGCAUACUUUCUCCCAUCCCUAAGUUGAGCUGCAUACCUGCUCCCAUCCCUAAGUAGAGCUGCAUACUUUCUCCCAUCCCUAAGUUGAGCUGCAUACUUUCUCCCAUCCCUAAGUUGAGCUGCAUACUUUCUCCUAUCCCUAAGUUGAGCUGCAUACCUGCUCCCAUCCCUAAGUAGAGCUGCAUACUUUCUCCCAUCCCUAAGUUGAGCUGCAUACCUGCUCCCAUCCCUAAGUAGAGUUGCAUACUUUCUCUCAUACCUAAGUAGAGCUGCUUUACCGUGCUGCAUACUUGCUCCCAACCCUAACUUGAGCUGCAUGCUUGCUCCCAUCCCUAAGUUGAGCUGCUUUACCGUGCUGCAUACUUGCUCCCAACCCUAACUUGAGCUGCAUACUUGCUCCCAACCCUAACUUGAGCUGCAUGCCUGCUCUCAUCCCUAAUAAAGUUGUUCACUACAAAGUCAGUGAUUACAUACGAGAGGGUGCCAACCUCCUAUUGGUAUGCCGAGUACUGUUACGUGGUAUGCUGGAUGCCAAGUACUGUUACGUGGUAUGCUGGAUGCCAAGUAUUGUUACGUGGUAUGCUGGAUGCCAAGUACUGUUACAUGGCAUGCUGGAUGCCAACUACUGUUACAUGGCAUGCUGGAUGCCAACUACUGUUACCUGGCAUGCUGGAUGCCAACUACUGUUACCUGGCAUGCUGGAUGCUGAGUACUGUUACCUGGCAUGCUGGAUGCCGAGUACUGUUACGUGGCAUGCUGGAUGCCGAGUACUGUUACAUAGUAUGCUCGGUACCGCAGUGCAGCAGCAGGAUCUGUGAAAUCUUUAUCUGGUAUGUGGAUCCCUAUAUUUAAAUAUAUUGUGUCUUUUUUCUUGCAAAGAGUGACAUAUCAACAAAAUAUUUAUAUAAAUAAUCAAAUAAGGGCCAGACAAGUCAGUGGUUGAUGAUAAGUCUCCAAAGAUUCCCUAACAAUUGCUAUGCAGCAAGUUUCAGUCUAUUUUUGCCAGUUGAAAACAACCUUGAAUUAAAAUGAUAUACUGUAUUACACAUUCAUUGAACAUAAUGCUCAAUUUCAAAAUAUUUUAUCAUGUUUUGUUUCACCUUUCUCCCACCUAUUGUGAUAUGAGAUCACUUUUUAUAUAAUUUGUCCAUCGACAACGAAACAUUGUUCAGAAUAACCUGUAUACCAAGUGAUUAAGGAAAGAGGUGUAAGCAAUACUGACUUGUGUACAUUGGAAGGAUGUGACACAACUACAGGAGCUACAUGUGUCCCCAGACCUUGCAGUGUAUGUUCGGGGCAAUCCCCUUACCACCUGGUGUUCUGACUGGGUGUUUUGCAUAAUAUGAGAGUCAGUUAGAUGGAAGGUGGGUAAACAAGCCCUUGGUCAUUUGUAAUAUCUUUUAAAGAUUUUUUGUAUUUUUAUUCCUUGUUAUUAAAUGUUAUUAAAUGGGUUUUAGAUGA